GUUCACAACUGCAUCCUGCACUGUGUCGGAGACUACACAACGGCGUCCGCAAUCUCCGGAAUUCUCAACCCUGCUUGCCAUAUCAACUUGUCAACCCUGGAUCGACUUGCAACUCAAAUUCACCAGCUCGGCAUAGCAAGUAGGUCAAGUCUUUUCGCAAGCAUGGCAGCCUUGACACACCUCCCACCGGAGAUUCUGCACGCCAUCCUCGGCUACGUCGAUCCUGAAGACCUGGCCAGGAUAUCAGUGACGUGCCGAUGCCUGAACAACUUCAUCAAAGGCAACAAUGCGCUCUGCCGGGCGGUAUACAUGCGAGUCAUGGAUGAACCCCCAACCAGAGACCUUGACUUUGAGCAGGAGCUCCACGAUAUGGUCAUGCUCAAGAAACUCUGCUCUCCCAGAGAUAGCACAGAUGACAGUGACUUACGAAAACAUCUCCCUUUUGUCUACCGCACAGUCACCCGUCUGCUCAACCACGCCACCAGGGUGGCCCCACCUCCUACUACUAGCAUCCCCAAGAUCAAGGCAAGCGCCGCCGCCAGUUCUACCUCCGGCUCCGGCUCCAGCGCAAGCCAACCCACCACCAGUACCAUGCUGCGGCAAUCCCGCGCGCAGACCUUCCCUGUCUCCCGCAACAUGGCCUUCCUCACAAGGGCCUUCGACCAGCCGCGCGCCCGCGCCAACUUCCUCUCGCGCUCCUACCUCUACGAGCUCGGCCGCGGGCUGAUGAUAGACGGCUGCGAAGCGCCAUCGCCCGCCAACCAUCACCACCAUCACCACCACCGCCGCCACGGGUCCCAAUCCUCCUCCCAUGACGUCGACGAUGAUAACGACGACGACGAAGACGAGGCCGUGGCCCUUGAGCACGCGUCUAUACCGCCACCGCCUAUGCUCCCGCCGCUCCCGAGGCGUCGCACCCGCUCCGAGACUGGGAAGCGGGUGCCGAAGCCGCGGCGGGCCAGUGAGUCGGAGACGUACCAGAUGAGUGCCAAGCUGCACUGUCUCUACGGGUGGGGACUAGGGCUUGACGACGGGGUGACGCCCGGCGCGACGGACGCGGAGGCCAGGAAGCGGGCGGUGCGGCGUGCGCGGCAGGGCGGCGGGGCGUACUCGCUUGCGUGUUCCAAGGUGUACGACCUGCGGGAGUACACCCUCAGCUCGAAGUGGGGGCCGUUUAUGGAAGUUGUUGGGACGGUUGAUGCCGACGGUCGUCCCGGUGGGCUGCGGGUCGAUUGGGAGAAGGUGGAGGCCAUCCUGCUCGUGCUCGGGACGAAUAUUCGGUCCAAGGGGCUGGAGCGGUUCCCCAUCUUUUGGCAUCUGUGGGGAAGGCCGUUCGCGGGCGUCUGGGGUAAGAGUUACAUUCCCUGGUCGAGGGAUAAGGAACAGAGCAAGGAGAAGGAGAUGAGGGAGCUGGAUCGGCAAGAUCCGUUCGGUAUCAAUGGGAGCUGGUUGAGGGUCGUUUCUUUCCUUGACUACAGCGACUUCUUCAGCUUCAACUUCCCCAUCGUCGACCGGGCGCCCAACAAUCUCCCCCGCGCGCCCCUCGAUGCCAGCCAGGCGACCAGGCUGAUCCUGAUGCGCAUCCGCGUCACCAAGAUCGAGCCCGCCGGCGCCCUCGACCACCCGGACUACCCAGUGGUGCACUUCGAUGGCUUCUCGCGCUCGCUGGACGGGUCGUGGGACGAGAACGCCGAUUCAGACCUCCGCGGGACCGUGCGCAUGACGCCCGAGGGCGAGGUCCGGUGGACGUCGGUCUCCAUCUUCGAUGGCGAGGAGCGGUGGAAGAGCGAGGGUGUCCAGCUUGGCGGGAUCAGGUCGGCUAGGGGCGUUGUGGGGAACUGGUUUGACAAGGACUAUAACCCGCAGGGACCAUGCGGGCCGACGGCCUACUGGAAGAUCUCGGACCGCGAGUUCUCGAGCGACGACAGUCCGCAGGUGCUGCUGGAGGACCUUUUCCCGCUGAUAGCCGAUGAUAAGGACGGUUAUUCAGAUGACGACUAUGACGAAUCUGCAGAACAGGAAGGUCUGUAUGGCCCGGACGCUUUGGGGGACUGGGCCGAUGAAUACGAACUGGAAGAUGAAUUCGGUGACGACUUGUUUUACAUUGAUGAGGAGGACAUGCUAAAUGCGGUUGAUGAGGAGGAUGCAGAGGAUUAUUUAGAUGAGGACGAGGAGGAUGAUGAUGAUGAUGAUGACAGCAACCACAUAGUCUAGUCGAUAUGCGGCCCGGAGGAGAAGCAACAAACAGGGGAGGGAAGUGCAGGCACCUUACUUACUCCUCUCUCCCUCUAGCAUGGUAGAUUGCUGAAUAUCGAUU